AUGUCGCACGUGGCGUUCAACGUCGAGAACCCGCGAGAGGGCAAGAUUCGCGUCGAGACCAUCAACAAAAACCGGUGCAAGGUCCAUCUGGGCAUGCUUCUGGUGAGUUUCCUUUCCUGUUAUUUUUUUCAUAAACGAUUUUUUUCUGUUGAACUUGUUGCUCACAAGAAAAAAAAGAUCCAGGAGAAUUCGAUGGCAAGUUGAAAAGCUCUUUGCACUGAAACACACAGAAUCUAUAUUUUGUUCUCAUUUCCAAACAAUUCAGGCCGACAAUUCGUAUUCUGUGGAAGUACAGGUUCCACUCAGUCAUGAGUACGAGCCCAAGUCAGAGACGCUCGAGACGGAUUUCGCUUCGAUCUCAGAAAUACGUCUCAAAGAAGAUGGUUUUUCUUGUCACAUAUCAGAAUAUCUUGGAAAUCUGCGUUCCAGGCUCUGAUAGUUCAUUUUUGUCGUUCAAAAUACGGACGAAAGAGAUAGACGGGAACUAUGAAGCUGUCGUGCAUCUUAACGGGUCCUCAGAAGCGGCAAAUGUCGUUCUUCUCAUUGACUGCGUCAUAAUUGGUUAGUUUCUGAAUUCCAACGUAGUAGAAAGAACAGAGAAUUUCAAAUUUUUUUUGUUGCUGGAUUUAUUACUUUGUUAACUUGAUGUUAAAAAAGAGAACAUUUUUCCGAAUUCUGAGAUCGAUCGUAUAAUAUUUUUGGAAAGAUUUAUCCCAUUCAAUCAAUAUAAUAUUUUCAGAAAACCGCUACGGCCAUCCUUUCAUCCGCGAAGGAGUCACGGAUCUCUCACACAGAAACGCAAAAAAAAUAAAAUAG